ACAUUGACACGAGUGAAAUGGACAAGAAUUUCCCACCUUAUAAAGACAGGUGAUGACGUUCCUAUUUCCUAUGCAAUGAAACGAACCUACAACUACCUCUCCUUGAAGUCACAGAAGCCCAAGAUGGGGUUCAAGCAAAGUCAUACAAGAAUUCAAGUUAUCAACAUAGUUUUCGUCCUUGCUGCUGUGAUUCUGACGAGUUCAAGAGAUGUUAAUGGCAGAAAAGUUCACCACAGGGAAUAUUAUUUCGAGUAUUCCAGCAUAAACUGCAGAGAACAUAGUGGUUCCUUGACAGAUUUUGGAGGGGUUGGUGAUGGAACAACAUCAAAUACAAAGGCUUUCCAGGAUGCCAUCAAUUAUCUCAGCCAAUUUGAAUCAGAGGGUGGAUCCAUUCUCUACGUUCCUCCUGGAAAAUGGUUGACAGGAAGCUUUAACAUCACCAGCGAUCAUUUCACCCUCUUCCUCCACCAAGAUGCCGUUCUCCUUGCUUCUCAGGAUGAAAGUGAGUGGACUGUAAUUGAACCCCUGCCAUCAUAUGGUCGAGGGAGAGACACUGAGGGUGGAAGAUAUAUCAGUUUUAUAUUCGGAACUAACCUCACUGACGUUGUUAUAACAGGGGACAAUGGCACAAUUGAUGGUCAAGGCGAGCCCUGGUGGGACAAAUUUCACAAAGGAGAACUUCAAUAUACACGUCCUUACCUUAUUGAGCUUUUGUACUCUGAUAAUAUCCAGAUAUCCAAUCUUACGUUGGUUAAUUCUCCAUCAUGGAAUAUACAUCCAACUUAUAGCAGCAACGUAAUUGUCCAAGGCGUCACUAUUACAGCACCAGUAACAUCCCCAAAUACUGAUGGCAUCAACCCGGAUUCUUGCACAAAUGUUCAAAUUCGGGACUGCUAUAUUGUCUCUGGGGACGAUUGCGUUGCAGUUAAGAGUGGUUGGGAUGAGUAUGGAAUUGCUUUUGGGAUGCCGACCAAGCAGCUCUUCAUCAAACGACUGACCUGUAUCUCACCAUCCAGUGCAACCAUCGCGCUAGGCAGUGAGAUGUCCGGAGGAAUUGAAGAUGUCAGAGCAGAAGACAUAGUAGCAAUCAAUACAGAAUCUGGAGUCAGGAUCAAAACAGCAGUUGGAAGGGGAGGCUACGUGAAAGAUAUAUAUGUGAAAGGGAUGACCUUGAAAACUAUGAAAUAUGUAUUCUGGAUGACAGGAAACUAUGGGUCUCAUCCUGAUAAUAAUUAUGAUCCAAAUGCUCUCCCUGCAGUUGAAAAUAUCAACUAUCGUGACAUAGUAGCUGAAAACGUUACCAUGGCUGGGCGGUUGGAAGGGAUUCCUGGUGAUCCCUUUACUGGAAUAUGCAUAUCAAAUGUCACCAUUGAGCUGGCACAGAAUGCAAAGAAAUUACCUUGGAACUGCACUGACAUUUCUGGGAUUUCAAGUGGUGUCACUCCUCAGCCUUGUGAUUUAUUGACACAGCAGGGAGAGGAAUACAGUCCAUCAUGUGACUUUCCCACAGAACAUCUACUGAUUGAUUAGGUUGAAGUCCAGUCUUGUUCCUGCAAUACUAAAUUACUGAAAAGGAAUGCCUAGUAAAAACACCAUGUUUGGAAAUCUUUCAUAUUGAUGCCAAGAAGAUGGUUGCAUUGAUGGAAUAUAGGAUUUUAUUUACGCAAAUUGACCGCAUAA